UAUAUAUUUAUUUUCUCUCUUCCGCGUCUUCUGUAAAUCGUUGAUGAUCAUGUUCACUUUUCUUUCAGCCUAGUGAUUCUCUCCCCCGUGAUCUCCCUAUAAAUCCACCAAGCACACACUCAAAGGACACACUCACAUAUACAUAAAAAAAAUAUAAAAAACCAAACAUGUCAAUGGAAAUGAUGGCAACCGAACGUGUUUGUUAUGUUCACUGCAACUUCUGCAACACCAUUCUAGCGGUUAGUGUUCCAUACAGCAGUAUGCUAACCAUAGUGACUGUUAGAUGUGGACAUUGUGCCAAUUUGCUAUCAGUUAACAUGGGAGCGUCACUUCAAGCAUUUCCUCCUCAAGACCCUCAGAAACAGCACCUAAGCUUUGAAGAACCAAGCAGCAAGGAACUGGGAUCAUCUUCAAAAUGUAACAAGAUAGCGCCAUUUGAGGCAGUUGAGCAUGAACAACCUAGGAUUCCUCCCAUUCGUCCUACAGAGAAGAGACAUCGUGUUCCUUCAGCUUAUAACCGGUUCAUUAAGGAAGAAAUCCAAAGGAUUAAGGUUAGUAAUCCAGAUAUCAGCCACAGGGAGGCUUUCAGCUCGGCAGCCAAAAACUGGGCACAUUUCCCUCACAUUCACUUUGCUGGAUUAAAGCUGGAUGGCAACAACAAGCAAGCAAAGUUGGACCAGGGUGAAGGAGCUGAAAAGUCUAAUGGAUUCUACUGAUAUAUAUAAAUGGAAGCCUGUGAGUAUGAGCUUGUUUUUUUCAUGCUUGACCUAAAUCAGUGAAAAAAUGAGGUUCAUCAUAUUUCCCAAUCGUACAACUGGAUGCAUGGGAGACUCCUGCAAUUUACCUCAGCCUCUCACCAAUGUUUAAUAUUUAUAUAUAUAUAGUACAUGUAUUGCCCUUUUCUAUCCUUGUUAUGAAAUUAUUGCUAUUCUUGUGAUUGCAUUUAUUGUCUUGAAUUUGAGCACUUAAGUAAACAACACCUUCCUUUAUUAUAUAAUUAAUGAUCAUAAUCUAU